AUGAAGAUAAUUAGUCGAUCAAUCGAAAUCGACCCUGAAGAAUGUAUCGCUCAAGCUCGUCUUAUCUGUACUCUUUCAAAAAGUCAAACAAAACGUCCAGGUCCAUUUGCAAGCAGUACUCAUGAUGAAAUACAAUUUGAAUUUCGCGACGGGGGUUGUAAUGAAUUUUUUCGUUUGAUUCAAGAAGAAUUAGCUAAAAAACGUUGGUCAGUACAACCAGCUAAACCAACCACAACGAUGAAUGCAGCUAUGAGUGAUCGUUCACAUCGUACCGGUAUUUCGGGUAUUGAAAAUCAUUUACAACAUCAAUUAAAUGUUCAACAUCAAUCGAUUAGUGGUGCUUUUCAAGAUUUAAAUAAUCUAAUGCAACAAGCUAAAGAUAUGGUUAAUAUAUCAAAAACAAUUGCAAAUAAAAUUCAAGAACAACGUAGUGAUUUAACUAGUGACGAAACAAUUCGUUUUCGAUCCUAUUUACUUAGUCUUGGUAUUGAUAAUCCUGUGACAAAAGAAUCUGCUGGUAGUCAAUAUCAUGUAUCGUUGGCGAGAGAAGUCGCAUCGCUCUUAGAAAAAUCAUUAAAAGAUACUAAUGGUAUCAUGACAUUGAGUGAUGCAUUUUGUCGCAUCAAUCGUGCUCGUGGUUAUGAAUUAAUUUCACCAGAAGAUUUGCUUAAUGCAGCUGUACAUAUGGAACAAUUAAAUUUACCUGUUAGAUUACGUGUGUUAAGUUCGGGUAUAAAAAGUUUUGAAUUGACCAAUCACAAUGAAGAAAAAGAUUUAAAAGAAAUUACUAAUCAGGUGGAAUCAGCAAAAUCAAUGAGUGCAGAUCAAUUAGCCAAUCUGAUUGGUAUUCCUGUCAUUGUUGCUCGAGAAAGAUUAAUUGCUGCUGAAACAAAUGGUUUACUUUGUCGGGAUGAUUCGAUUGAAGGACUGCGAUUUUAUCCGAAUCUAUUUUAA